AUGACCAACAAAGGAUGGGUAGGCAAGCAGCGAAAUCCUCCCAAGCCCGCGGAAGCCCAACCUCAACACACCCCAGUCGACGUCUUUGACAAGGCAUUCAACUCGGACGACUCGGACGUCAUUAUGGAAGACCCUCAACUUGCGCCUGUCACUAUACUCAAACGACCUUCGCCUACCACUCAGGAGAAGGACCGCGAAGCUCAGAAGUCUGGCAAACUGACGUCUUUAAAUUCUGAACAGGUCGAUCACGACGCCAUCUACAAUCGGUUCCUCAACGCCAAGGUUGAACUCACUCAACAGGAAAUCUGCGCUAUCUCUCCAGAGAUUUCUAGGCGAGUUGUCAUGGAUAACAAGCCUACCAGGUCUCAACUCAAGGAAAACAAGGAGCAAGAACCUACCGGACCUACCGUUGCAAGAAUUGUAGGCGACAAUGCACCAGCACCGAAGCUUCCAUCGCGCAUCACAGAAGUUCGCCAGAGUCUCAUCAAGAUCAAUGCUGAAAUUAAUGGCAACACUAUACCUGCGGUCAUCGACACCGGCUCUAUGAUCAACAUCGUGCACAAGACCAUCUGGGAACAAUACAUCAAACGACCUCUCGACAGAUCUGUUACCUUCCCGGUAAAAGAUGUCAACGGCGGAACAGGACGACUAAUUGGCUUGGUCGGAGAAGUACCUAUCGACUGCGGAAGAGCAAGGACGAUCGCCCAAUUAUGGGUAUCGGAUUCUAUUGACUUCCCUCUUUUGCUAGGGCGACCUUGGACAUCCUCAAAUUCAGUCGAUAUUAUCGAACGGGACGGCACCUACCUCAUAUUCAACUACCCGGAACACAACGUGCAACUCGAACUCAAGGUCAACUUAGCGGAAAUCGCGAACGCGCCGGGCCGGAAUGUCACCGGUGGCGUGAGAAGCCGCCGCAAGACGCGACUACCAGUCAUGGAGGAAUGCGACACUCAAUCUUAUCUCUCUGCAACACCGCCACCCCGACGCCCGACGACCGACACCAACGAUCUAUUCGACGACAUCGCCGCUCCUUCAAACUCGCAGCUCGCCCGCGCCCAAUCAAGAGGCAACUCUACGGACCUCGACUACGACGAAUGCCAACGCGUUCAGGCGUAUAUUGACGCGGCCAUCCGGCCGGGUCAAGGUACGCCUCAUGCCCAUUCGGAUUCUCCGGAUCUCGCCGCCGUCACUGACCAUCAACAGUUCCUUCUAAAUCUAGGAGACCCUUAUCAUGCCCGCCUCUUCACUCGACCACUGCGCGGCGGGGAAUGGACGCCUCUCGAAGACUCGAUCGCCCAUCUCCCAACGGGGAUGCGCAGGCUACUAGGUACGUACGGCACCUUCGAAGUAACGCUCACCACCUCAGACAAUAGGCGGACGCGCGUCCUCGUCACCUUGGCGCACCCUCGAACGGCUCCCGAACACACGCCCUCGCCGGAUUUGGCCCGACUCCAUCAAGAACCCACCGAUAUGAAUCACCGGCACGACCUCGACUUACCUCAUGAAACCUCAUCCGGCAGGAUCGACUCACGCAAAUGCCUUCAAACACCCAGCCCAUCUGACAACAGCGAUCCUCUCCAUCUUUCGUCUUCCCCUCUCGACCUCCCCCAUGCUCACCGCGGCAGAAUCGUCGAACUCGACGAUGCCGGUGAGUACAUCGGCAGCACGCAAACGUUAUCCGACUCAAACAUCUCUAGGCACCCGGCGCGUCCAUUCCUCCAUAGGACAAUAGCUGGCAGAUCGCCGCCAGCGGACGCCUCGAUUCUCGAACCGACGAUACCCACCACCACCAGCGACACCGGCGAGCCCCCACCAGUCGAAGCCUACCAUGAACGCCACCCCGACUCGCGAACCGAAGAGACGCCCGCUACGCCUAGGUCUCGGCUUUGCGAGCGCGGACGAUCAUCGCCGGUACGUACCGUUGCAGCAUCUUCAAGGACAUCGGUGAUUUACGAUGUUUCCUUGAAGAUUCAGUCGUUAGGUACGUGCCGGGCGAAAAUUCGGAGCCGCUCGCAGCGAGACCGAUGGGUAGAAACCCCGAACCUCGUACGCUCGACUCAAGACCCCGGACGACUCGCCGAGCACCUCAACGCGGCCGCCCUGUUUCGAGAAGAAGUACACCCGCCUGACGGAUCGAACGCGGUACUGUACAUCAUCGUCGCGCCCUCUCCCUACGCUAACGAACCAGACGACUCACCAGCCGACGGUAGCGGAACAAAUACACCGAAUCGGCUACAGGACCUACCUCCCGAAGAUCCCCGCAGAUGGCCGCCGUCCUUUCGACGCUCCGACCAGAUGCCGCGCUCACCUCGCGAGCGGGACACGGGGUUACCACCGAGCGAACCUAGCAAGGAUAUUCGACGCACGAAGGACGUGACGACGAGGUAUACCCGGUACCCCAUCUCACGUACUCCGCAGGCUAAUCCGAGCGACGUUCCUCUCCUCCAGCCCGAUCGGUACCGCUCUGCCGAGAUUGGAAGCCGCUCGUUCGCGACACAACCAAACGGAGACAAGGCGUCGACAUCGCGAAACCUCGCGCACCACCCAGACAAUACCGCGUUCGACUCCCAAAGGCAAGAUACCCACUUCGACUCCCGAGCCAGGGCGCUGCGCAGGACGAUCGGUGAGUUCGCUCCAUGCCAUCUGAACCAGUCGGCGCGAGGCAAGGCUUACCCAGACGCAAUCCAGGCAUACUCCGACUCUCGACGAGAAAGGACGGCCCCACUCGAAGGCAAGGCUAUGGAACCGCCGCUCGUCAAACCCGCUAUGCAAUCCAACGGUCUUCUUCGGCAACCCAUACGACUCUCGCGCGGAACCAUCGGUCCAGGCUCUCGCAAUGAGCAUAAAAGCUCAGGUGCGUGUCUGGACACCCAAGUCACCAGAAACACUCGCUUACCCUUCGCUAGUCUAUCAAACUGCACGCCUCAUUCGAAUCCGCCCCCUAUGUCUCAUGCGCAACCCAAGAUUCCGACGACGAACCUCACGCUCGAUGCGUACCCGUCUCCGCCUCAAGAAACGACUUCUCAACUGGAUUCUUCGCCCUCGACGACUCUCUCGCAACGGCCCACACCCGGCUCCAACGCGACAGUCAACGGACCGCUCGAUAUAGGACUCAAGGACAAUAUGAUAGAGGAGGGCGGCUGGACUCGCCUUCCGGACCCGACUUCCCCUUCGCCGGCGACAAUCUAUGCUCCGCAGCCCCGCCCUGCUACGAACCCCGACACCUCGUCGAACACGCUACACGCCAACUCUAUACAAUUCCCGAGCACACCGCACCCACUCACCGGACGCGUCCUCGACGACGAAGACUAUCGGCCCAUCGUCGCGGAGGCCGAAGGAACAAGCGAAGAUGUCGACUUCCCUGG